AUGAAAAGCCACAUCAACGAAGACGAUUCUGCCGGGACUGGAUCACUGACAACGGAAAUGCCCAACAAAGGCACAACAUGGAUCAGUGAAAUUGUUGACAUGAUCCUGAAUGAUGGAGACAUUGAACGAUGCAAACGAGGCCCCAUUUAUGAGAGAGUCCCCUUCUUAGAAUUUGCAGGGCCGAAGCCAUUACCAGUAGGAACAGAACAGCUAGCCAACAUGGCCUCCCCACGGAAUGUGAAGACUCAUCUACCUUUUCACUUGGUUCCCAAGUCCUUCUGGGAGCAUGACUGCAAGGUGAUCUAUGUUGCACGCAAUGCCAAAGAUAACCUCGUAUCCUAUUACCAUUUUGACUUAAGUAACCGAAUACAGCCUUGGCCUGGCACCUGGGAAGAGUACCUGGAGAAAUUUAUAAAUGGGAAAGUACCAUUUGGAUCAUGGUAUGAACAUGUGAAGGGGUGGUGGGACCAGAAGGACAAGCAUCGGAUUCUGUACAUGUUCUAUGAGGAUAUGAAAAAGGAUCCUAAACAGGAGGUCAUGAAAGUAAUGAAGUUUCUGGAGAAGGACCUUGCAGAUGAGUCUGUGAACAAGAUUGUCCAUCAUACAACAUUUGAGGCCAUGAAGGCGAACCCCAUGGCAAACUACACUACAAUACCAGAGUUUUUCUUUGAUCAUAAACUAUCACCAUUCAUGCGGAAAGGAAUUGUUGGUGACUGGAAGAAUUACUUCACUGUUGCACAAAAUGAAAUAUUUGACAAGGAUUAUCAAAAGAAAAUGGCUGGAAGCAUGCUACCACUGCUGGUUAAUACUUAAUAAUUACCCAGCACUCACUGCAGUCUCAGAUGGUGGAGACAAUGAGCAACCAAGUACAUUAAAUUCACUGUGAACAGUCACGAAAAGAAAUAAGCAAAACUGGUGUUAUUUAUUUCCUUUUUAGGUUUUAAGCAGAAAAAAAAGACAAUCAUUCUGUAACAUAAAAAUGCCUGAACUGUCAUACAAACAAAAUAAAAUAUUUCCUAAAAUCCAGAUACAUUUACAGACAAAUGCUUUAUAUCGUAGACGUCCAUUGUUUUAAGCACUUAUAAUCUGAUUUAGAGUAACUGGAACAGUUCCAAAAUUCUUAAGUGUUAAAGAAUGUGCUUAUUUUGUUUACUUUCAUUAAUAGCUCAUAGUAAUGGCGUCGUACUAGCCACUUGUAAAGCAAAUGAGGGCAUGCACUUAGCAAUACCAGGGCUCCUAAUUCUGCAGUUUUGUGAUGUUCUCAUAUGAAAAAUUGCAAGCUUGUUUGGGCUAGCUCUGAAGCCUGACCUUGUGCUGUAAUCCCUGCCUAUCAGCUGCAGCUGCAGAUGUGUUUCCGCCGUUCUUUUGAGAGGAAUAGGCAUUAAUACAACAUCAUAAAUCUGUUCAAUGCUACGUGAAAGGGAUGGUUUGAUUCUUCAUGAUUUAAGUGAUCUUAGGUCUGUCAGCAACAAGAAAAUGUUAAAAAUAAAUUUAGAGAAAAUGUAGUCAUUUUUCUCUUUAUCUCACAUUCCACAUAUCCCUACAGUUGAUAAUUACAAAAAAAUGCAAGCAACAACACUGUUGAAACUCAAGGGAAUCAGGCUAAUUCCUUUUCCUAAUCUGUCUUGUUCUGUGAUGCUUACUAGCAAUUUCUGAUCUAUUCCAUAUGCCUUUAAAAUAUCCAUUCCUCAUGAACUUGCUACUUUUCUUCAAGGAAGAUUUUCCAUGCAUCCACUUCACCACCCCCUCCUGUGAUAAGACCAGGAAAAAAUUAAUUUGUCUCUAGUCCCCUGAACUAUUCUACCGUUUCAUAUGGCUUCUUCUUAUUUUUGCAUAUCACAUUUCUUUUGUUCUAAAAAAUAUUUUCACUUUUUCACUCUAACGAUUUUUGUCACUUCAAUGUCAGUCCUAAAGAAUAAAAUGCAAAUGUAAAAAGGCCGUUUACCCAACUUACAUGGUAGCCCUUAACAUUUACAGCUACCAAGAGCAAUUUUGUGAUGUUACAUUUUAAUAAGAGAUAUG